UCACAUGGUUCUGUUUUUUUGAAGAAAUGAUAUGCCCUUGGAUUGGAGCUAUAAAAAUCCAAUACAGCCUCAUUCCUUCAACAAGCACAGCAACAUCUUCAAAGAAUUUAUUUCCUUCAACCAGACAUUAGCGCUUCCUUACAUAAUUUCUGAUUCAGAAACACCAGGUCUUUCUCUUCCACUGUUACAGAAAACACAACAUGAUAAGUACCAAGAAGCUUAUUCAACUGGCACGAAAGUGGCAAAAGAUGGCAGUCGCUAGUAGAAGAAGAAUUUCCUGGCCAAGAACACUGGCUGAUAAAGGCCAUUUUGUUGUCUAUACAACAGAUAGUAGGCGGUUUAUGAUACCCUUGACAUGCCUUAAGACUGAGAUUUUCAGAGAGCUCUUAAGAAUGGCAGAGGAAGAGUUUGGGGUUACAAGUACAGGACCAAUUACGCUUCCUUGUGAUUCGAGUUUCAUGGAGUAUGCAAUCUCUAUGAUCCAGCGACAUGCAGCUGAAGAAUUGGAGAAGGCACUUAUUACAUCCUUAGUAAGCUGUAGAUACUCAUCAUUGUCAUAUGAACAUCAAACACAAACCACACAACAAUUGCUUGUCAGUAGUUUCUAAUUAAGACAAUUUCCUUUCUCCUUUUUUUGUAUAGGACAAUACUAUGUAAUUAUACCUAGAUAGAGUUUAUGGAACUUCCUGCGGAUAUUAUUAAAAACAAGUCUCGCAAUAUUAGCAAUUUGUUCUUGUUUACCUUAUUACAGGAACUGUCAUUGAUUAACACAGAAUGGA